UGGGAUUUUGAUAGAAAAAAUAAAUGGAAGGCUUGACUUCGAAGGCCAUGGCAUUUUCUUUUGCCAUAUUGGUCGUCUAUGGUCUCCUGAGAGCAGUUUACACCAUUUGGUGGAGACCCAAAAGCCUAGAGAAGCAAUUGAGGCAGCAAGGUAUCAGAGGUACUCGUUACAAGCCCAUGUAUGGUGACAUGAAAGCUUUGAAGCUGUCCUUCCAGGAGGCACAGUCCAAGCCCAUGACCCUCAACCAUUCUAUUGCACCUCGUGUCAUUCCAUUCUUCCACCAAAUGUUUCAAAAUUAUGGGAAGAUUUCCAUGAGUUGGAUUUUCACAAGGCCAAGGGUGAUGAUAGUGGACCCAGAGCUGAUCAGGAUGAUAUUAGCAGACAAGAAUGGCCAGUUCCAAAAGCCACCACUGAGCCCUCUUGUGGAUCUUCUAACCCUGGGACUCUCAACCUUGGAAGGAGAGCGGUGGGCCAAACGCAGAAAGCUACUCACACCUGCUUUCCACGUUGAGAAGUUGAUGGGGAUGGUGCCAGCAUUUUCAAUGAGUUGUUGCAAUCUGAUAGAACGAUGGAAGAACUGGGUUGGCCCACAAGGAACAUAUGAACUGGAUGUAAUGCCUGAAUUUCAAAACGUUACUGGGGAUGUCAUUUCUCGAGCAGCCUUUGGCAGUAGCUAUGAAGAAGGAAAGAAAGUGUUUGAACUUCAGAAGGAACAAGCUGUGCUGGUCAUUGAAGCUUCUCGAGCCAUUUACUUGCCUGGAAUCAGAUUUGUGCCUACUGUGAAGAACAGGAGGAGAUACCAUAUAGACAAUGAGAUCAAAGCCAUGUUAAGAUCAAUGAUUCACAGGAAAAAGCAGGCAAUGAAGAAUGGAGAUUCGGGCUACAACGACGAUUUAUUAGGCUUGCUGCUGCAGCUCACAGAAGAAAUUGACAAUGAGAUGAGAAUUGAAGAUCUGAUAGAGGAAUGCAAGUUGUUCUACUUUGCUGGCCAAGAGACAACUGCCAACUUGCUAACAUGGACGAUGAUCCUCUUAUCCAUGAACCCCAAAUGGCAGGACAAGGCAAGAGAAGAGGUUUUACAGAUAUGUGGGAAGAAAAUACCUGAUCUAGAGGCUAUAAAGCACCUCAAAAUUGUGUCAAUGAUACUACAUGAAGUCCUAAGGCUAUAUCCAUCAGUGGUUAAUCUGCUUAGGUAUACUCACAAAAGAACCGAUAUAGCAGGCCUAUCUAUUCCAGCUGGGGUCGAGCUUUAUUUACCAACAAUACUUCUUCACCACAGCCCAGAGUAUUGGGGGGAUGAUGUUGAAGAAUUCAAGCCAGAGAGAUUCUCUGAAGGAGUCUCAAAGGCAUCAAAGGGUGAUCAGAUUGCAUUCUAUCCAUUUGGGUGGGGGCCAAGGAUCUGUUUGGGCCAAAGUUUUGCAAUGAUAGAAGCUAAGAUGGCUCUAGCCAUGAUUCUGCAGAACUUUUGGUUUGAGCUCUCACCCACUUAUACUCAUGCUCCUUAUACUGUUAUCACACUUCAACCUCAAUAUGGAGCUCCAAUUAUGCUACACCAAAUCUGAAGUAAGCAUGUAGUUGAAUAAUCUAAGGCAAAGAGAGAAGACCCCAUGGUCAUCUUUCUAGUUGUUUUUCUUAUUGCAGUAAUCUAUGUUACCAUAUAUGCUAGGAAUAAUGAGGUUUAGCAUCUUUAUUUUUACUUUAAUGACUCUACUUUUUCUUCAUCA